AUGGCAGAACCAGAAUUCUACUUCGAAAAGUACAUUACAAAUAGACUUGGAUUGCGCGAAGAGUGUGAAAUAUAUUGCAUGCCAUACCAAACAAACUCUUGUAAAAACAGAAAUUGUUCAAAACAACAUGUGAAGCUCAGUAGCGCUGUUGUAUGUAAGCACUGGUUACGUGGACUUUGUAAAAAGGGAAUUAAAUGCGAAUUCAUGCAUGAAUACGAUCUUUCAAAGAUGCCUGAGUGUUAUUUCUUCAGCAGCUAUGGCGAAUGCAUGAAUCCAGAAUGCAAUUACAUCCACAUAGAUCCAAACAGUUUAUCUAAAGAAUGCGCUUGGUAUAACCGCGGUUUCUGUAGAAAUGGCUCAUCAUGCAAGAAUAAACACAUACGGAAAAAAUUGUGCUACAAUUACUUCCUGGGAUUCUGUCCAAAAGGUCCAGACUGCGAUUAUGGCCAUCCAAAGUCAAGUAUGAAUCCUAUGAGAGAAGUAUCACACAGUGACAUCAUCCAGAAACCAUCAAACCUCGCUGCUUCAUAA